UGAGGAAUCAAAGAUGAACUUGGAGCAGGAGAGGCCUUUUGUCUGCAGUGCCCCAGGCUGCUCACAGCGUUUUCCAACAGAGGAUCAUCUGAUGAUUCACAGGCACAAACAUGAAAUGACUUUGAAGUUUCCUUCAAUAAAAACAGAUAAUAUGUUAUCAGAUCAGACUCCUACACCAACACGCUUUCUGAAGAACUGUGAGGAAGUGGGCCUCUUCAACGACAUCGAUUGCUCCCUAGAGCACGAGUUUAGAAAGGCACAAGAAGAAGAGAACAACAAAAGGAAUAUCUCCAUGCAUAACACAGUUGGAGGAGCAAUGGCAGGACCUGGAUCUCACCAGCUGCCAAAUACAAGGAUGCCAAACCAUGAUACCAGCGUUGUGAUUCAACAAGCCAUGCCAUCUCCGCAGUCCAGUUCGGUCAUUACGCAAGCACCUUCCACAAAUCGACAGAUUGGGCCUGUCCCAGGUUCUCUGUCUUCACUACUGCACCUACACAACCGACAAAGACAGCCUAUGCCUGCCUCCAUGCCUGGCACCCUGCCCAACCCUACCAUGCCUGGAUCUUCUGCUGUACUCAUGCCUAUGGAGCGACAAAUGUCAAUGAACUCCAACAUCAUGGGGAUGCAGGGGCCGAACCUCAAUAAUCCGUGCGCUUCACCUCAAGUCCCCCCAAUGCAUUCAGAAGCCAAAAUGAGACUGAAGGCAGCGCUGACUCAUCACCCUGCCGCCAUGUCCAACGGGAAUAUGAACACCAUGGGCCACAUGAUGGAAAUGAUGAGCUCGCGGCAGGACCAGACGCCACACCAUCAUAUGCACUCACAUCCUCAUCAGCACCAGACACUGCCACCUCAUCACUCAUACCCGCAUCAGCACCAGCAUCCGGCGCACCAUCCUCAUCCUCAGCCUCAUCACCAGCAGAAUCAUCCCCACCACCACUCCCACUCGCACCUUCACGCGCACCCGGCACAUCACCAGACCUCGCCGCACCCCCCGCUGCACUCAGGCGGACAAGCACAGGUUUCGCCAGCAGCGCAGCAGAUGCAGCCCACGCAGACGAUACAGCCGCCGCAGCCGACCGGAGGUCGCCGGAGAAGGGUGGUGGACGAAGACCCGGAUGAGAGGAGGCGGAAAUUUCUGGAAAGGAACCGAGCCGCCGCCACGCGCUGCAGACAGAAGAGGAAGGUCUGGGUGAUGUCACUGGAAAAGAAAGCAGAAGAGCUCACCCAGACAAACAUGCAGCUUCAGAACGAGGUUUCCAUGCUGAAAAAUGAGGUAGCACAGCUGAAACAGUUAUUGUUAACACAUAAAGACUGUCCGAUAACAGCUAUGCAGAAAGAAUCACAAGGAUAUCUAAGUCCCGAGAGCAGUCCUCCCGCGAGCCCGGUCCCAGCUUGCUCCCAGCAGCAAGUCAUCCAGCACAACACCAUCACGACCUCCUCCUCUGUCAGCGACGUCGUGGGAAGCUCCACUCUCACCCAGCUCGCCAGCCACAGAACAGACAUCAACCCCAUCCUUUAAAAGUGGUUGAUCAGAAACUGCUAGGGAAGUGUGGUAGCGUAUCAAAGCGUCCUCUGUGCUAAGGACAUUUGCAACCGUAACUCAAGCCUGGAAGAUUCCUCAGUUCUUGAAAGACUCUGGCUUUCAUUUUUAUAGUUAUUAAAAUGUCUUUUAUACUUAGUUACAUAAAAGGGAGUUAUGCAAUUAAUAUGCUAUCAGCUUGAGAAAUGCUUUGGUGCUUUCUCCAGUUUUUUUUGGUACCAGUUACUUGUUUAUAAACCUAACUGUUUCUGUACAUAGUCAUGUUUCCUUCUCACCAAUCUAGCCUGAAGCCUCAGAAAUACAGAGUUGUGUUAAACUGCAGCUUGUUAGCCAACGUGAGGCAUGAAAAGUAUUAAACAGAGUCAUACAUAGGUAACUAGGAUUAAUUAGGCUAUAAAUAUAAAGAGAGGGCAUCUGCUGACAGCAUAAUAAAAAACACGUUAGCGUUGUGCUAUCAGCAGACCCCGUCUUGCAUUCAGAGCCUCUUUCAAAGCCAUUAUAUAGGAUGUGGCUAUCAGGACAAAAUUAAGCCCAAAUAGCGUGGUCUUUUGUCUAGCCUUCCCCCUUCUCUCUCCCCUACCCUGCCCUUUUUCUCCUCCAGUUUUUCUUACACCUUCCUUUUCCCUUCCCAAACUUUGUUCUUCCCCCAGUUUUUUUUCCUGGUUGUUUUUUUUUUUUUUUUUUUUCUUUCCAAGGCUUUCUCACUUCCCUCUCUUUUUCUCUAAGAACGGUGAUGAACAACCGAAAACUUCAAGCCCACCUAAAAACUGUCGGCGCGGCCGCUGCUUUCACUAGCUCUUCACCCACAGCUGGGCUGUGCCGAGUGUUUGCCUUUUAAAAAAUAGAAAUGCUCCUGAUUUAGUGUUUUUAAUAAACAGCGCAAGGCGAAAGCAGCGCAGCCCCAGGUGAAGCAGGAUUGAAAGCCAGCUGUGUUGAUGCUAG